AAGAAUAGAGAGAGUGCGGUUAGUUCACUACCACGAGAAGCAUCGAGGUUCUACAUAUGUAGGUCCGAUUGAGAUUGAAAGCAACAGCAAUAGAUGUUGAACUUCUUGUUCUACUUACUUACGCUCGACGGUCUUGAUGUGCGUCUACCUCGAAUUGCGGAAUAUUUAUUAUAGACAUAUUGACUCUCUCACCAGGCGGUAUUUGAAUUUAUGAGAAGAUUGAUAGAUGAUAUGAACUGUCUUUGCUUGCAUAGAAAUUGUAAAUAGAAAGGAUUACGAUCAUGGUCGAGGCUAAGGCUAUGGAAAGUGUUACUGCACCUCCUGCUGCAACGGCGGCUGUGGCAGCCGAUGAAAGUAACACUGAGGAUGCAGCCUCCAGCACCACUGGGGCCGUCGCCGAAAGUCUCCAGAAGAAAGCGGAUUUGAGUUAUUACUUUGCCCAUGGGCGACCGCGAGAGGACCUCACGGAAGCAAAGAAACUGGAGGGGAAAAACAUGGGAAACAUUGACGCGCAAGGAAACGCCAUACCUGAGCCGAUUACAGACGAAAGCGACGAGCGCUUUUUUAAGCGACAGCUUCCUGACACGCGAAUUGAAAUGCUGAAAAAAUAUGUCUUCGAAGACGCUGGCAAGGACGUCAAGAUGCACGUCGAUUUCGGCGAUAAAGACAUUCUGAUAAAGGGCGAGACAUCUGUACUACUACAACUACACGAUCCCUAAUUAUACUAUGGAUAGAUGAAGUACAACAGGUAGAGAAUAGACUGUAGUUAUCGCAAAAAUCACGUUCUCUCAAGGAAGUUGUUGGUUUGGGCAAAUUUUGGUUUUCAGAGAUAUUACAACUAGACAGGCUUUUCUUUAACCUAAGUCCUACAUCCUAUAGGUACAUUACAAUGAAGAUGGCUUGGGUAUAAGAGUCGACGUCAUGUUUGCAGAACGCAAGAAGCUGUAUAGAUUUUUAGUGCAGGACCAGCCGUUCUAUGCUGCGAUAAACCCCGAUCGCGCAACCUACCGCGUGAGCAGUGACAAGACGCGUCUCGUGUUCCGUCUGCCAAAAGUGAUACCCGACCAAACGUGGCCCACGCUGUUGGAGAAGAAAAUGAGCCAGCACACAGGAUGGGAGUGAGGCGGUUCCUUUUAUUGCUAGACGCCGCUUCUUGAUAUCGUUAAUCAUGACAUGACGCAGUUUCCUGGAAGUUUUGUAUGAAAAAAUGGCUGCUGCACAGGACGAGCUGCUAGAGGAGGGCGCCAGCAGUGGAUCGAUUACCUAAACUGAAAAGAGGUAGAGGUAGGUGACGUGCCUGUGCGUAAAACUACUACUACUUGCUUCUUGAGAUAAUAGGCUUUAUCGGGCAGCAGGCUCCUUUCCCUCACGACCAAAACAUCUUCUGGCCGAGACCGCACUCAACCCUAGUACGCGGCUCCUUGCCUCAUCGCACAAAAGUUACAGACCUCCAAGUCGCUCCCCAUUUUCUUCAUCUUUCACUGCGUUGGCCCUAGGAUGACCAGUGUGAACGUAAAUGCUCGAACACCUCGCUUCAACAAACUAUACAACAAGUAGGCCUCUACUGCUGUCCUUCCGGUGGCGACGAGCCCUCUGACACCCACUCAUGUGUCUUCGAUGCGUGUUCGUGCUAUGUCUCAUUUCGUGAAGAAAAAAUGAGUCAGGCGGUUCUGGUGUGUCCUUGACCUGCUGUUUUCUCGUACGUCAUCGUGUCAUUGAUCCC